AUGAUACUGGUUAAUCCAUUCAAUGGUACAAAACAAUACCGAAAAAUUAUCACAGAAAAUUAUGCUGAACUGUUUGGUUUACGUGUCGAUAGUAGUACAGGCAAAUUAUAUUCAUUACAGAUGUCAGCUACACGGUGGGUAAAUAUUACCAAAGUUGAUGGUGUUUCACCUGAUUCAAUGACAAUCUUUUAUAAUUCAACAAAUCAUCAAUAUUUUGUGACAAUGGUGUCUGGUCUCAAAGAUAUUCUUGUUCGUAUUGAUUUAAUGAAACAAAAAAUAAUAAAUCGAAUUUCAAAUUCUGAUUUACCAUCCUAUUUAUGUUAUAAUAAUAAAACGGAUGCUUUUUAUGGUAUGCAACGUUCUAUAAAUAAGCAUGGCUGUCGUUUGGUACGUUUAAAUCCUUAUAAAUGGGACAACAGACGUUUUAUCAGACGAUUUCAAUAA